UCCAGUUCGUGUUUCUCCGCCUAGUCGACAAACUGACCGCACGAGUAACAAAAGCCCGAGGCCUCGCCUACGGCCUACCCCGGCGACACGGAAACCCAAAACCCUAGCGCGAGUGAGCCACAGCUGCCAGCAGCAGGAGAGGGAGGAGCCUCGUGACCCAGGCCACAGCCAAAGUUUCCUCCCGCGGUGCGGCAUGGAGAGCCUCAUCCUCGCCUCCUCGUGCUCCGCAUACCCCCGCCUCCCCCCUCUCCCCGCCGCCCGCCGGCCCUCGCAGCCCCUGCCCGCCACGUCGCUCUCUGCUGGCGCCGGGCGGAGGGGAGCCAGGAGGCCCCGGCUUGUCGUCUCCGCCGCGGCUCGCGGAUCUAGGAACGUUUUGGAUGGAUUGAACACAACCGCCUUUGCAAGCAUAUCGUCUUCAACCAGCAGUGAGAAUACCUCGACAGGAACUGGUACCCUGCCUCCAAUGCCACCCCCAUCAUCAUAUAUCGGUUCACCUGUUUUCUGGAUUGGAAUUGGUAUAGCGUUAUCUGCGGCGUUUUCCAUGGUCUCUUCAAUGGUAAAGAAAUAUGCAAUGGAGCAAGCAUUCAAGUCAAUGAUGACACAGACACCGCCAAAUACAUUUGGCACGAACUCGCCUUUCCCGUUUUCCAUGCCACCACAGGCAGGUUCCACAGCACCAAGCAGUUAUCCAUACUCAGGACCAAGGAAAAAUACCUCCCCAAAUGGUACAACUGUUGAUGUUUCAGCCACUGAUGUGGCAGCAACUGAAACUUCUGAAGUUGCCGAUGUGAUCGAAACAUCAAAGCCUUCGAAGAAAUUUGCCUUUGUUGAUGUUUCUCCUCAAGAGUUGCAGCAAAAGGAGCUUCAAUCUUCACUGGAGACAGUAGAUGUAAAAGGCGCUAGUACAGAAAGUGAAGUUAAGGAGGAUGCGGAGCAAAAUGUUCCUACGAAUGGAGCUGCUUUUAAGCCAACCGAAGAUUCCUCCACUGGGCCAACUGAAUCCAGUAAGUCAGGACCUAUGCUCUCUAUUGAUACAAUCGAGAAAAUGAUGGAAGACCCAGCUGUGCAGAAGAUGGUUUAUCCCUACUUGCCUGAGGAGAUGAGGAACCCAGAUUCAUUCAAGUGGAUGCUUCAGAAUCCGAUGUACCGCCAACAACUAGAGGAUAUGCUAAACAACAUGGGUGCAUCUCCUGAUCAAUGGGAUAACCGCAUGGUUGAUCAUUUGAAGAACUUUGACCUUAGCAGUCCUGAAGUCAGGCAGCAGUUUGCACAAGUUGGCAUGACUCCAGAGGAAGUUGUAUCAAAAAUAAUGGCGAACCCAGAAGUUGCUGUUGCAUUCCAGAAUCCAAAAAUUCAAACUGCCAUCAUGGAUUGCUCGCAGAACCCUCUGAAUAUUGUAAAAUACCAAAACGACAAAGAGGUCAUGGAUGUUUUUAUGAAGAUAUCACAAAUCUUCCCCCAGAUUAAUGGCUAGUUGACCUUCGUCAUGAGAUUGCAGUUUUUGUAUCUGCCUUGGCCUAUCAUCUCCAGUCUAAAUGGCUGCGGUAGCAUCUCUUGACAGGCACCAGAAAGGAGAGGAACUUCAUCUGUUCAGUCCUUAUGUGGCAAAGAUGUAACUUUCUUGUCAAGAUUUUUGAGUCACCAAUGUACAUCAUGCGACCUAGUGUUUUGGUUUGGUUGUAAUCCUGACUAAAGCCAGAUUAGUGAGCGUAGCAAAGUUUAGAUGUUUAUUUACAUCACUACUUAGAUUUGUGUAGUUAGUGCUUUCGACAUUACAUGGUUUGUCGUAGGAUGUGAAGAUGCCAUUGUAGUUCAUAUGACCUCAAUUUUGGUACAUCAUGUGCUAUAAUCCCGCAGUGGAUUGCUGUGUUCACCUACUGUUUGGUUGGAUUGCAUAAUUAUUCCAAACUUUCAGAUCGCUGA